AUGCGUCUUCGGGGAGAAAAGGCACCCAUAGCGAAGGCCGAAGCCGUCGGCCCUGCAGUGGUCGAAGCGGCACCCAUUGCCGUCAAAGAAGAUGGGAAAUCUGACAAGCCGGCCACGGCCACUUUCUCAGACUAUUGGAGAGUACUAUCCUACCGAUCCAGAAGAGAUGGGUAUGCGCUCCUGGUCAGCUCUGUCUGCGCCCUCGCGUCCGGCGCGGUAUUCCCGCUGAUGAACAUUAUCUUUGGCCACCUCGCCCAAAACUUCAACGAUUAUUUCCUCCCAAAUUCUACGACGAAGGAGAGUAGCUUCAAAGCAGCUGUGAACAAAUUUUCGCUCUAUUUCUUUCUUCUGUUCAUCGGAAGAUUUGUUCUGACAUACAUUUCGACGUUUGGCUUUCGAAUAACCGGCCUUCGUAUCUCCGCCAGACUGCGUCUUUCCUACUUCGAAUCACUCUUCUCGCAACCGAUAGCGGCAGUCGAUGAAAUCUCUUCUGGGGCGGUCGCAACUACCAUCACGGAUGCGGCCAACACCAUCCAGAUGAGCAUCUCGGACAAGCUCUACUUUCUUUUCUAUGCUAUAGCCCUGGUUAUCUCGGCCUAUACCAUUGCCUUUCGCUAUUCAUGGUCGGUCACGCUUGUGGCGAGCUGUUCGCUGUUGUUCGUUGUCGUGGUCUACAGCAUAACUACACCCUUUAUUCUCAAAAAACAGACGAGAGUUCUGGAGGCGAACAAGAAGGCGUCUUCGACAGCCGGGGAAGUUUUCGGUUCCAUCCGAGCUGUCUUUUCUUUGGGGGCCCAAAAGAACCUGACCAACAAGUAUUUCGCCGCGGUGGAGGAUGCGCGGAAAUGUGGGCUUGCGGUGUCUAUCCCAUACGGCAUCCAACUAGCUCCCAUCUUCUUUUCCAUGUAUGCGAGCUUCGGGCUCGUGUUCUGGUUUGGGAUCAAGCAAUAUCGGGCUGGCCAUAUCGAUAGUAUCGGCACACUUGUCACGGUCUUCUUUUCCGUGCUCAUCGUGGUGAUGCUUCUCGGCAUCCUCGCUGCCCCGGUGAUUGCAAUUCAGAAAGCCAUCCCUGCCGCAGGUCAAUUCUUCUCAACGAUUGACGCGCCAAGGAUUUCGUACGGGGGACUGUCUGAUCCCGACGUCUCGUCUCAAGAGGAUAUCGAACUCGACGACGUGACAUUUGCGUACCCUACUCGGCCUGAUGUCCAGGUCUUGAAAGGGUUCACUGCCCGCUUCCUCAAAGGCAAGACGACGGCGCUGGUCGGUCCUUCAGGCUCAGGAAAGAGCACCAUCGUGGCGUUGUUGGAACGCUGGUACGAAUUGGAUCCGACGGAUCAAGAGGAUGAUGUCGGUGCUUCCGAUGCCGAAAGGUCAGACGUAGAAAAGGGAAAGAAGCAAAGAAAUCGCGGUGAGAUCCGCAUGGGCAUAUCUGCCAUCCGCAGCAUUAAUCUUAAAUGGUGGAGAUCGCAGAUUGGCCUUGUUCAACAGGAGCCGUUCCUAUUCAACGACACCAUCUUCAAUAACGUCGCCUUCGGGCUCAACGGAACCCAAUGGGAAGAAGCCGAUACUUCCAAAAAGCAUGACUUGGUGCGGAAAGCCUGCGAGGAAGCUUUUGCGGACGAGUUCAUCCGCAAACUCCCCGAUGGGUAUGAGACCGAAGUCGGAGAAAGCGGCAUCAAACUCAGCGGUGGACAACGGCAACGGCUUGCGAUUGCGCGCAGCAUCAUUCGAGAUCCAGCGAUCCUGAUCUUGGAUGAAGCCACCAGCUCCAUCGACGUCCGGGGAGAGAGAAUCGUGCAAAAGGCCCUGGAUCGAGUGUCUCGGGAUCGAACAACCAUUGUGAUAGCCCACAGACUGUCGACCAUUCGGAAGGCCGAUAACAUCAUCGUCAUGCGCGAGGGGAGGAAGAUGGAAGAAGGGACUCAUGAACACCUUCUCUCUGUUCCCAACGGGCUUUAUGCAGGUCUCGUACACGCACAGCAGCUAGAAGCGGAAUCGGCACCGGCCGUACCUAGAGAAGACGAGGUUGCCUUGGAUGAUCUCGAGCGUAAAUUCACCACCAAGUCGGCCGACGGACCUGGAAACGAGACGAAAGUUCAAAAGAAGAGAGGCUUCGCUGCGUCGGUGGGCUGCUUGCUGUACGAACAGCGCAGGUACUGGAUGCUCUACACGGUCAUCCUGAUUGCUGCCAUGGCGACCGGCUCUGCGGCCUCGCUCCAAAGUUGGUUUUUCGCCAACGUGAUGGUAGUGUUCACCUACACUGGUCAGAAGCUAGAAGACCGAGGAAACUUCUGGGCCCUGAUGUUCUUCGUACUCAGCCUGGCGCUCGCUCUGACUUACUUCUUGCUUGGCUCCUUCGCGAAUCAUCUCUCGGUGCUGGUCAUGGCCGUGUAUCAGCGCGAACAUUUCCAAAACCUCUUGCGUUUCCCAGUCUCCUACUUCGAUGCCAAGGAGAAUGCCACUGGCUCCUUGAUGGCCCGCCUGGCCUCGGACUUCAAAAUCCUCGGCGAGCUAAUUGGCAUCAACGGGGUCUUUCCGCUCAUCGCACUCUUCAAUCUCACCGGCUGCAUCAUUAUUGGUUUCGUCUUCGGCUGGAAGUUGACUUUGGUGAUCUUCUGCUCCGCCAUGCCGGUUAUGCUGGUCUCUUCCUUCAUCCGCAUCAAAUACGAGCUUCAAUUUGUGGAGUGGAACUCGAAUGUCUUUGCUCAGAGCUCUCAAUUUGCAACCGAAGCUGUCGGCGCCUUCCGCACGGUUACAUCCUUGACUAUGGAAGAGUUCAUCCUCAACAAAUACUCGACGUUGCUCCAGCGUCAGAUCAGAGAUGCGACGAGGCAGGGGACGCAUGCCUGCCUCAUCUUUGCACUUUGUGAUACUGUCGAUCUUUGUGCCAUGGCACUGACCUUCUGGUAUGGUGGGCAGCUGCUUGCCUCACGCGAAUAUGACAUCCUCCAGUUCUACCUCAUCUACAUUGCGAUCGUCCAGGGCGCCCAAGGAGCUGGGCCCUUUCUGAGCUUCGCGCCUAACAUCGCUCAAGCCACCGCAGCUGCAAACAGAAUCUUGGAUUCGCGAGUCAGUGGGAACGAGGCAACACUGGCUUCCGUGCCAAUAUCACUGCCGCAGAGGGAGGAGAAAAUGGGCGCAAGGGUGGAGUUGAAAGAAGUCUCCUUCAAGUAUCCAACCCGAGACACGCUCAUCUAUCGUAACCUCGACCUUGUCGUGCAAAGCAGUCAGUUUGUCGCUUUCGUGGGGCCUUCCGGCUGCGGCAAAACGACCAUUGUAUCGUUGCUUGAGCGCUUCUACGAGCCGGUGUCCGGCACAAUCAAAUUCGACGAUCACGACCUGAAAGACAUCGAGUUGACUUCGUAUCGCCGGGCUCUGUCUCUCGUCGCCCAAGAACCCAAGCUCUUCGACGGAACCAUUCGCGAGAAUCUCAUCCUCGGCGUUGACGACGAAGACAUUCCCGAGGAACGAAUCAUUCAAGCUUGCAGAGACGCCGAAAUCCACGAUUUUGUGAUUUCUCUCCCCGGGGGCUACGAUACCCCAUUGGGCAUCAACACGCAGACCUCGCUUAGCGGCGGCCAAAAGCAACGUCUUUGUCUCGCGCGCGCCCUCCUCCGCCAGCCGUCCCUCCUGCUCCUCGAUGAGGCAACUUCGAGUCUGGAUUCACAAUCGGAGAAGCUGGUGCAAGCAGCCAUUGAGAAGCUCGUUGCUCAGCGAAGUAUGACUGUCAUCGCAGUUGCUCACCGGCUGGCCACGAUUCAGAAGGCCGACGUCAUUUUCGUGUUCGGUGAGAGCGAAGCCGGCAGAGGGUCAAGAAUCCUGGAGAAAGGCACGCACAGCGAGCUGUUGGGAAGGAGAGGAGCGUACUGGUCCAUGUGUCAAGAACAGGCACUUGACCGGUAG